AUGUUACUGACAACAAUAACAACAGAUGAUAAUCAAAAUUUCGUGAAUAAAUUAUUUGAUACUGAUGAAAUGCUAACAUAUAUUCGUCAAUUGACACAACUGAUCAACGAAUUAAAUUAUUCCAAACUUCAAGAUAAACAAUGGUCUUACUACUAUAAUCUUGGUGUAAAUGAAGGUAUUUGGAAUGGUCGUGUAUCGAAAAGUAUGGCUCUGAUUAAUUCCAUGUGUUAUAGUUAUGGUCGUUCAAAAAUAUUAAUCGAACAACGGCAUAAAAAUUUUAUGAAAAAACUUCAACAACUUCAAAUUAAUAUUGAUGAACAUAUAAAACAAAUAUCUCUUUCUACUGCCGAUAUGAAUAAUCUUAUGAAUAUUAUCAAUGAUUUUUUACAUACAGAUCAAUAUGAAUUACGUAUGGAACUUGAACGACGCAGAGCUAUGCUUAAAUUUGAUGCUAGAGAUCAUCAAUUAGUUCAUACUUUCUACAAUUUAAAAACGAGACAAACAGAGAUACAUUCAGCGAAAACUAUUUGGAAAGCAGUUCAAGAUGAACAAGCACUUAGAUAUGAGAUUGCUUUAUUGAAAACUUGGUUGUCUUCUUCAAAAUCUUCUUCUUCUUCUUUAACAUUGUGCACAUUUCAAGAUUUAGCAUUAACAAAAAUCAAUGAUAUAUUUACACAUCUAAUUUUUGAUAAACAAUUGUCAUCAACAGCAACAAAUCAUCAGACAAAAUCUAUUGAUCAGUUUAUGGAAGAUAUAAUAAUGAAAACUAUCUCUACAGCUGAAACUAUUGCCGAAAACUAUGUUCAAAAAGUGAACAACGAGAAACAAAAACUAUCAAAUAAUCAAGAGAAAUUUAAAAAACCGCCUACUGUCGACAGCGUUAAAAUUGCCAUUGAAAAUCGUCAAUUGAAUAUGGUUGAACGUGCUCAAUACAAUAUUGAACAGAUAUUAAAGACUAUAUUUCAAGAGAACAUCAUUACUAAAACUUAA